AUGCCGUUGAAUUUUCUGCAGAUUCAAGGGGGCGAGCUGAUGUCGCAAAACACAACAUCAACCACAUUGAUCAUAUCAAGAAAUGGCACCACUGAAGCUGACACCAUAUGGUCUUCUGAGGAACCUCAACAUAACAAGUCAAAGGGAAAUAACUCCGACGAUAACCCUCCUACCACCCUCGCUGGGAUCCCGGAUAACUACCUUGAUCGUGUAUACAUCUACUGGUAUUACCUGGGAGGGGUAGUCUGUAGUAUCAUUUCCUUUGUAGGAAUUGGGGGAAAUAUCGUAACAAUGAUAAUUCUUUUAAGUCCUGAGAUGAAAAGUUCCACAAGCAUCUUCCUGAUAGUUCUAGCGAUGUUUGACAGUUGUUUGCUGUUAACAAAUAUCUUAAUCACUGGUAUGAAAUGGCUCCUGGUUUACACAGAUUAUUAUUCUUCCUAUGUCUAUCACUUCAUGCUGCCUGCAUACCCUACAAUGUUCGCCAUAUCCAGCAUCUCCCAUACUGGGUCGAUCUACAUCGUUGUUGCAGUCAACGUUGAACGAUACAUCGCUGUGUGCCAUCCUCUCAAAGCAGCAUCGUUCUGCACCAUCUCCCGAGCCAUAAAAACGUCCAUGGGUGUCGUGAUGAUGUGUGUCUUAUACAAUGUACCCCGUUAUUUUGAAGUGUAUCUCAAAUGGGACUGGGUACCCGAGUUCAACCAAACCAUGUUAGUAGUGGGCAUCUCUGAUAUGUCCUACAACUAUUGGUACUUGACAGUCUACUUGGUCUACAUCAACGUCAUCGUCAAAUUUGUCAUCCCUGGAGUCCUAUUGGUCAUCCUUAACACGAUCAUGGUCCGCAAGCUCUACCGUACAAAGCCUAACCUUCAGAAACAGGAGCGGAAAGGAAGUGAGAAGGAGCGUUUCACAGCAAUGGUUCUGGCAGUGGUGGUAGUCUUCCUAGUGUCACUCGCAGCAGCCUGUAUGGAGCUGAUCAUGUAUGAAGUCAAUUCGGCAAUCACUUUGGAUGAGUGUUCGGAGAUUUGUGGCUAUAUAAGCGGUGUCAGUCAGAUAUCAGUAGUCAUCAAUUCGGCCGUCAAUUUUAUACUCUUCUGUUUUUUUGGACGGAGGUUCCGUGGGGUGUUCGUGAAGAAGUUCCUAUCUUGCUGUAGACGAUGA